CACAUAUAUUGUUGCAAAUCUGUAAACAAUAGAACAUGUUGACAGAUAGCACGUGGUGUUGUUUACUGUGGAGCAGUUUAGGUUAGGAUGACGUCACGAGCGGAUCCAAAAUGGCGAACAUAGUGACAAGUAAAUGACAAUGAGUGAAACGAGAAGAUGAAUAUGACGAUGUGAAGACAAUUUAUAAUUAUGUUUCACUUUGAGAUAGUUAUAUACAAUCAUGGGUAAAUUUUAACGGUGAUUUUGGCACCAGAGCCCCCAUGGAACGCGUUCGACAGUUGUUGAGCGCAUGCGAGCACGGGGAAGCCCCUGUGGUCCAGACUUUGCUGGAUGAGGGGGUCGAUGUGGAUUGCGAGGACGACGAGGCAGAGAUUACCCCGCUCCAGACAGCAGCAGCCAAUGGGCAUGACCACAUUGUGCGUCUUUUGCUGAUGAGAGGCGCUGCCCUUAAUAAAACCAACAGUUAUGGAUGGACUCCUUUAAUGCAUGCUUCGAGAAAUGGACAUCCCAAUGUAGUUGCAACAUUACUACAGCAACGGCAGGCGGACAUUAAUGCUGUCACAGGUCUAGGAGCAUCAGCACUCACCUUCGCUGCCCGGGGUGGACAUAUUCAGGUGGUUCGACAGCUGGUUGAGGCGGGAAUUGAACUCUCCUCGUCAGGUGGUUCUAAUGAGUGUGACUUCACACCGCUUUUGGCAGCUGCACUCUAUGGACACGAUGCUGUGUUACGCUUUUUACUGGAUCGUGGAUGUGAUGUGAAUUUUAAGACAUCUACCUCAGGUUUGACGCCUCUCAUGGUGGCGGCAUUGAAUGGACACAUGAAGACUAGUCAGAUUUUAGUGGAGAGGGGAGCUGAUCCUAAUGUGACAAAUGCUGACAAUCGGACAGCACUAGAUAUCGCCACAAUGAGGAUGAAACGAGAAGUUGCUGCUUACUUAGACAGGAAAACAACUAACAAACCAGAGAGGGCUGCUGAAGAAAAAAAACCGGACAUCAUAGAGGCAAUAAAAUUUGGGGACAUUAAGAGAAUACGUACCAUACUAGACCAGGAUCUGAGUCAGAGAGAUGCUUGUUCCCCACAGGAGGGUGCAACCCCUUUGAUGUUUGCAGCGAUGGCUGGGCAGUUGGACAUCGCUCAGUUACUGGUAGACCAUGGCUGUGACAUGGACAAACAGGACACCAUCAGUGGAUGGACAGCUCUCAUGCAGGCCACGUACCAUGGGAGGAGACCAGUGGCAUUGUACCUGAUAGAGAGAGGUGCAGAUGUGACGAUACAGGCCAAAAACGGGUGUACAGCCUUCGACAUGGCCUCUCUCAUUGAUGAUGUGGACACUGACCUGCUACGACUUCUUGCCUCCAAAGCCAUGACGGUCAACAAAGUGGACAAAUCAAAGAAACACUGGUCAAAACAGAAUGGAGUGACUGUAUCUGCCUCCACAGAUACUAGUAUUGAUGAUACGCAAAAGAGUGGACUUCGGGGAUGGUUGAGCAGAUUAUCGAAUCGAUUUCGUAACAUUAAGAAGAUAAACGUGACCAAUCGUCUGGCUCCGAUGCCCACUCUUGAGACCUCAAAAUCUGUCCAAGAUUUAUCUUUAAAAAAUAAUUCUAGUCCCACAGUGCCAAAGAAAAUGAAUAACUUUGUUGAUCCUAUACAAACAUCACCUGUUACAAACUAUGGAACCAUGACACUGGAAAAUAAGCAGAGUGCUUCUCGCUACACACUGGAUAUCAACCCUAUGAAGUCCAAUGCCACUAGUGACACACUCAAACCUGUCAUCCCUCCAUUUCUACCCCAGCCCAGCUUUGCAAUUGAUGAUUCUCUGCCAGGCCGAAGGUCAAUGAACACCACUGGAUCAGACACUGCUAGUACAAUCAUGCCUUCACCCAUCCGUCCAUUGAUGAAACCCAUGAAGUUCUUGCCCCAGAAAAGUACAACACUAAGUUCCAGUCCUGUCAGUCCAUCAAACUCCUCGCAGUUAUCUAAUAGCAAUGGUAACCAUAGCAACCCUAGUCCAGGUUCAUCAGGUGAUUACCAACAGAAUGGUCUGUUCUGGAGUCCACCCAACAGGUCCCCGGCCAUGUUUGCCCCCCGCAAUCCCCCACAGAGACAGUUUUAUAGGAAACCAUCCUCUGUCCCAUCUGCUUUCAAGGCCACCUCCAACACCACAUCCCCCAAUAGUUCCACCAGUGGCAGUUCAUCCAUGACCCCUCAGCGAUCACAUGGAAGGAGUGCGUCAUCGAAAGGCAGUACCACAUCCACCCUCACUCCCUCUCCCUCUCCCACACCGGGGAAGUAUGGAGAAGACCCCAACCGUGUUCUUAGUUCACUUCAUGAAAACGAUGACUCUACUGAUGAGUUGUCAGGAAUCCUAAAGAAACUGUCCCUGGAAAAAUACCAGCCAAUAUUUGAGGAACAAGAGGUGGACAUGGAAGCCUUCCUUACUCUGACAGAUACAGAUCUCAAUGAGUUAGGAAUCACUCAGACUCAAGCAAAGAGCCAGAUACUGACAGCUAUAACAGAACUCAACACUGGCAAGGGAAAGGACAGACAACAAUUUAUUGACACAAUGACCUCAUUCCAGUCCACUUUGAAAGCCAAGUCCACAGACAGCCAAACUAGUCUUUCCUCCUCUAGAUAUCAGUGGAGAGAACCAACUGAACUUGGAAACUCUUGACAUCCAGAUUUAGCAGUAUAUAUGUAACAAUUCCAGAGGUAUUCUGAACACACCUGUUACCUGUAAUUCCACGGGUAGAUAGCUAAACAGUUGCCGUCCACACGUCACAUUGCCUGUAUCUGUCACUGUGCAGUAAACCGUGGGGAAGAUGACACCACCGGGCUUUCAGUGUACAUGUUGUGUGAUGCUGUAAAGAGACAGUUUAUAUUCACCGCGUAAUUUGGAAGUCUGUUUAUCUGUGUGGGAUUAUGUUCUUAUAAUAGCAAUGCCAAAUAUCUGUUAUGUUGGUUUAUUUUUACUCCUGGAAUAACAAAGAAGUGCUUUGAAAAUUCUUUGCGAUCAGAGGUAUUUUUGAAAUACCAUUCAAAUGUAUUUGGUUCUCAACAUAGAUGAGUUAAUGUGUGUGCGUGUGUAUAAAAUCAUGUUUUAAGGGGGACAUAACUCACUGCAAAGUGUAAAAUCAGUGUAUGUUUGAAAAUGUUUACUUGCAUAUUGUAUUGAUGUUAGUGAUGCCUUAAGAUCUGCAUUGAGAUGGCAUUAUAUAGUGGGGUUUUUAUUAUUAUGUUCAAUGUAUGCAAUACAUUAUAAUCAUGUACAUGUUAAGCAUUUAAUUUUUUUUUAGUGACUCAUGAUUUCUAACACACCUCACUGCUAGAGGAAAUGGUGAUGUAUAUUUUUGUCAUCAAACUGAAUAUGUGCAAAAUGCUUGUCAUGUAUUUUGAAUGAUUCUAUAUAUAUGUUUAUAUUUUUACAUAUUGAGAAAAGUGCUUGGUUUGUUGCUUUGAAGUAUUUUAUAAACUUUGUGUUCAGUUUGUUGUUUUAUGAUAUACGUGUAUGUUUUUGAUAAUCAAACAACAUGCCUUUUUUUUUUUUUUUUUUUUUUAAGUUUAUUUAAAAUCCAUUUUCUUGGACAGUUGGCCAUACUGCUGCCUGGUUUGUUUAAUAUCAAUUCAAUCUCUGUCUAGGCUGUCUCCUUUGUAUUCUUUUAGUUUACAUUUCAAUAUCAUAAAUAAUACCAAUUGCAUUUAAGCUAUAUAUAGAUGGUCUUCAUUAGUCAGUGAUGUUGCAUGUUCUCUGUGUGAAACUUGUGUUCUCAACAAUCUUUGUGAAUGUUGGCACCUUCUUUCCAAUUUGUUUCAUACCUAUGACUUUAUUAUGACAGUCACAUUGGAUAUCAGCUGUGUAUACACAUUGCAUAGUUAACAGAGUGAGAUUUUUCUCUAUAACAGUCACACUGGGUAUCAGCUGUGUAUACACUUGCAUAGUUAACAGAGUGAGAUUUUUCUCUAUAACAGUCACACUGGAUAUCAGCUGUGUGUACACAUUGCAUAGUUAACAGAGUGAGAUUUUUCUCUUUAACAGUCACACUGGAUAUCAGCUGUGUAUACACAUUGCAUAGUUAACAGUGAGAUUUUUCCCUAUAACAGUCACACUUGAUAUCAGCUGUGUAUACACAUUGCAUAGUUAACUGAGUGAGAUUUUUCUCUCUGUGACAGUCGCAUUAGGCACAGUGUGAGCUUUGUUUGCUUAACCCCCCCCCCCCCCCCAAUACGUAUUAUUUCAAAUGUAAACCUUGAGUGAUUAUAUUGGUUAUCUUGUACUCCACUUAAAUUUUUUCAAAGGUCUAAAAUGUUGGCUUGCAACGAAAACUGCAGUCAAAUUUCUUUUGUCAUGAGAUUUUAGUAAGAUAUUUUAAAUUUUCCAUUUGCCUUAUCUUACAUUCCUAAAUCAUGUUUAGUGAGUGCACUUGUGUAUUUACAGAACAUUGAACCGGUAUACUACUAUUUCAUUGUUGAUGACACAGCUAGUGCACUCUUGUGUUGAUAUUGCACAAUUUUAUAACAUUUUGUGUUAUGGGGUGAAAGAAUUUCCAAACAGCAAGAUUGUUCCUUCUUAAACAGAUUCAGGAAAAGAAUAAACAUUUAUGCAAGAGCAGGAGAAUAGAACUGAAUUUAAUUCACAGGGGGGUUGGCAACCUAGAUGUCUUCGGAUAUUAAGAAAAUACUGUACAAUGUAUCCCUUAAAAACAACACACACAAAACACAUCUUCAUGCUUCAACAUGUAAAAAUCUAUAACAGAGUUGUGUUCGUUUGUGCAAGUAUUUUACUUUCGUGAAUUUCUUCUGAAUCCUCAAGAAUUUCAUUUUAUUGUAUGAACUUUUAAUAGUCACCAUUACAGUGCUUAAGUCAGCAGUAGAAAGUCUGGCUAGUCAAUUUCAACUUCUCUCUUACUUCAGAUGUAUUAAUUAAAUUGAGAUGAAAUACAGUCUUGGUCAAUCAUAAAUUUCAUAUUAAUACAUGGAUAAAAUUGUUGAUAUUUGUGGUUUGUAAUACAUCUCCUAUCUUUAGCUUACAAAGGGUAAUUUUGUAUCAGCAGUAUUUGAUGACAACUGGGAUUUCAGAGUAUGUUGGUAUUAAUUAAUACCAUGUCACUGUGAAGACUUGGAAGGCAAUGUUAUAGACUGUACUGAGGAAUCAUUGCUUAGGGAUGUAAUUUCGUGGAUUGGACAUAGUUUGUGUAUUAAUUGAAACAUCAUAUAAAUUUUGUAUUUUGUUGUGGUUUGAAAUUUUUUUAGGGAAAAAAUUGAACACCCAUGAAAUUGAAUGUUUCCACAGUAUUUCUGGUAAGUUUGUAAUUUUUAUUUUUGUUUUACAUGUAUGCUUGCCUAAGCCGUCCUACGAAUAGUGUACAUUAUAUUAAUUGCCUUGAGGAAUGUGAUAGUGGCAUCAUGUGAUAAUUUUUGUUAGUAAUGAAGGUCCCGUUUGUGAUUUUGAAUUAUUUUUAUGAUUAUAAAAGGUAUAUUGAAAUGUUUUAUGAAGUCAUUUACUCUUUGUACAUUUGUUUUUGUAUCUAAAAUGGGGAUUUGCAGAAUUUCACAAAACUUGCUGAAAUGUUCCGUAUGUUAGUGAUCGACACAGAAGAGAGAAUUUAUAACAGUUCUGUAUAAUUCCGUGACAUUAUUGACAACCCAAUACUCUUGUGCAUUUCAGCUGCACACCGGUCUUCUGUUUAAGCUACGCAAUUACAUGGAGACGUCACUACAUCUGUGUGUUAAUUACAGUCAAUAAAUAACCUACAAACUU